GUUUACAGCUUUUUUAGCGCCCUCGAGGAUCGGUGGUUUUUCGUAUGCUGUACUUGGAGUGUGGUUUAUGGUUAAAAACUUGACCAUAUUUUGUUACGAUCAAUUAUGAUCAGGAACAGAAAAACCAAACAGGAAAACGAAGUGUAGCUAACUGAAUCGUUUCUGCAAUAGCAAAGCAUAAAUCAAAACCAAGAACUGAUUGAUGGAGUCCUGAAACUGGUUUUCUUUGUCCGUUCUCCACGCCUUCGUUCUGGGAGUGUUAAGAAGUAAUUGUUCUUAUGUGUGAGUGAUCGUACGCAGCACUGGUGGUUUGUCCCAUUCUUGUGUGCCCAAGUGUAGAUACCGACAUCCGGAUUAGCAGUAGCAGCAGCGUCAGCAGCUCAAGAACCAAGAUCUGUAAUGAGGCAUGCAUCCGUCUGGGUGUGCAUCCUAACCUUCUACAACCUGCAGUCGUCCUCGCUAGCCGCCAUCGUACCACCGCCCUGGAGCGACCCGAACAAGAAUCCCUGCGCUAGUCAACCGGGCGGUUGGCAGCUCCUGUACUGGCCACCACUUAAGAAAUGCUUCAAAAUCUUCCAGAUGGGCUACCCGUGCCCAGAAACGAUGGAACUGAGCCCGGUCGGAGUGGGUGCCACGGCCGCAGGUUCAUCGGCUGAAUGCCGCUGCCCACCGUCAACAGCACAGUACCCCCUAACGAAGCGAUGCCAUCGAUUGUUCGAGCGAGGUCCGUGCGAUUUCGGCCAGUAUUUUGCCCCAUUCGCGGAUUCUGAAGUGAAAAGUGCCAUACCUAGACAACGAUGGGGAACUUGCAAAUCGACGGAAAUCUGCGAAAGUGGAAUGACAUUUUGGCCACAGGACAACAAGUGCUAUCACCUUCAUACUAAAGGACCCUGUCCAAAGGGAAAGUUAAUCAGCAUGGAUAACGAUGGCAUUGCAAAAUGCAAAUGUGAAAAAGAAGGUGAACUCGGAAACUACUUCCACGAGGAAACGGAAACGUGUCAUGAAUUUUUCAGCAAAGGCCCCUGUUUGCGAAGUGGAGAGCUAUUUUUGCCCUCCAAAAAGUGCGCCUGUCAUCAGCGGUUACCGCAUUUUCAUAAUGAAACAAACCAGUGUUACGAAAUUGGAACGAUCGGGCCUUGCCCUAUCGGACACACGUUUAUUAUCGCGGACAAAAAAGGUCGGCAGGAAGUUACCGCCAUGCGAGCGGAAUGUCGAUGUAAGGACAAUUAUGUGCUGUGGAAGGAUGGUUAUUGCUACAAACUGUACACCCAGGGACCCUGCGAAACCGGAUCGUUUCUGAUAGACUCCAACACCUGUAUACCAAAUCCCUGUGAAAAGGGUCGACUGUACUUCCCAAAAGAGAAAACAUGCUACCGGAUAGGGUCGCAAGGUCCAUGCAGUCUACAACAGGUGGUAAUAUUUGACUUCACCACCCGACCGUCACUAGACGGCAUUUCGUAUAACGGAAUUUGUGGUUGUUCUGGAGUGAUUCAUAAUCUAGACCAAACCUGCUCAGAGGACGAAGUUCCUAAGAGCGCCUGUGAUAGCACUCCAGACAUGGUCGAGAUAAAUCGGCAGUGCUAUAAACUCUACACCCGCGGGCCGUGUGGACCGGGUCAGUGGUUAGAGCCGAAGAAGGGUUCUGUCAAAAUUCGGGCCGCCACCUGCAGCUGUCGGCCAGGUUAUACUCCGUAUGAUGCUCCACUUCAGAACGGAGUCAUCGGUUGCCAACCGCCAGCCGUUGGACUUGCCAGGUAUUUGAACGGAAAUCGACUACUGUCCAUCAGGAUUGGGAACUUCACGUUAACCAUACCCCAAGUUUAGAUUAGCGCUAACCGAAUGCCCCCACCCUCUCCUAACAUCAGUCAGCAUGCGAUUCGAUGUUAAUAGCAUGAACUACUUAUCCUAGAUCAAUGUUGGUAUAAUAUGGUUAGAUAAUUGCACCCACUCCAGUAACGAUUUCGAACCGAACAGAUUUUUUCCUUUCUAUAGGUGGUUCAUGAGUUUGUUAGGACUCGGACCAGCGGAGACGGAAGAAUACUGAGUUACCAAAAAUAGACGACAUGAGAGACACGCAACGGGAGACAUUCACGGUAAUUUAUUACUAGAACGUUGGACAUCUUUAUAUGAUAGAUAUUCGGCACGGCUGCCGGAAAGCAAAUAGGUAGUAAAUGUAUUGUGAUUGUGCCAUAGUUAUGAGAACGGAGUGAAUCAUGUGUACCUAGCCUUAAGAUGAUAUUCGUAACCAUCGAAGCCGACUGAGUAGAAUAAUAUUGUAUAGGAAAUAAAAUAUAAUAUGACAGAAAAUA